AUGGGGGACGAGUUGAACCGAAUUAUGGACAAAAUGUCCUUGCGGGACGAGGACUUUUUUAAAAAGGGAACGAGGUCGGCCAAAAAUGCCUCUGGCGCCACCAACGACCGCGCCAACCGGGCAACCACCGAACAAGUGCUGGAUCCCAGGACCCGAAUGAUCCUGUUCAGAAUGAUCAAUCGCGGAGUCUUUGACAGCUUCAGAGGCUGCUUGUCGACCGGAAAAGAGGCGAAUGUCUAUCGUGCCACCACAGAUGACGGACUCCAACGAGCCGUCAAGGUUUACAAGACAUCGAUCUUGGUGUUUAAAGACAGGGAUCGGUACGUUACGGGCGAGUUCCGCUUCCGAUUUGGUUAUUCUAGACACAAUCCUCGCAAAAUGGUCAAGCUAUGGGCAGAAAAGGAAACCAGAAACUUGAAGCGUAUCUGGAAGAGCGGCAUUCCUGUGCCCAAGCCUUUGCAUCUCAGUAUGCAUGUUCUAGUCAUGGAGUUUUUGGGUGACGACGAGGGCUGGCCUUCUCCGAAACUCAAGGAUGCGUCGAUUGAGCCCGAACGCUACGAGUAUUUGUAUUUCCAGGUGCUGGCGUACAUGCGAAUCAUGUAUCAGCAGUGCAGACUUGUCCAUGCAGAUCUUUCAGAGUACAAUAUUUUGUAUCAUCAAGAAAAGCUGUGGAUCAUUGACGUAUCGCAGUCUGUUGAGCACGAUCAUCCUUCUUCGCUUGAAUUUUUGCGUAUGGAUAUCAAAAAUGUCAACGAUUACUUCCAGCGACAGAACGUGAAGCCAUUUUCGGAAAGGCGUCUCUUCAAAUUCAUCACAACCCCUCAACUCAAAGGCACGGACUUGGAAACCGUUGACUCGCUCAUUGAACAGCUUCGCGAACAGCCAGAAGAGUCUCUGACGGAGCAGGAGCUGGCCGACGAUGCGGUGUUCCGGUCGAUUUAUAUUCCCAAGACACUUAAUGAAGUUUUUGAUAUUGACCGUGACGUGGAAAGGGUUCAGCAAGGUGAGAGCGGUGAUCUUAUUUAUAAAGACUUGUUACAAAACGACUCCAAGCAGGAUCCAGAUGCCCUUGAAUCAGAGGACGAGUCAGAGAGUGACUCAGAGUACGAUUCCGACUCCGAAGAAGACGAAGACGAAGAAGAGGAGGAGGAUGAAAUCACCGACGUGUGGGACGAGAACUGGGAGCAUAGACCUGCAGCUGAGCGCAAGUUUGUCGAUCGUGAUGCGAACAAGGAACGCAAGAAACAGAUCAAAGAGGAACGCAAGCAGAAGCGAGCAGUCAAAAUGAAAAAGAAGGACAAGAAAAAGCUCAUUGCCAACUCUAAGAGUAAAGGAAAAACACGAAAGUAA